AUGCUGUUCGCCGCUGCGGCAUUCACAUUCGUCUCGUGGUUCGUCCUUCUACUUUUCCCAUGUUUCUCCAGAUGGUUCAUCGAGCAGCAUCUCGAGCUGAGUACCCUUGACCGGUUCCAAACAGAUUCAUUACAAACGUCCACCAACGUCCACAGAUUCGUCUAUGAGUAUCUUCGCCGGGACGGAGUGUUCGUUUUACGAAUGGUCUCAUCACAUGCCGGCAUCAUUUUUGGGACUGAUCUGAUUCUCGAGCUCUGGAGAACUUUUUAUGGGAUUGAGAAGAAGGCGCUCACUCCAGUCACUCCGAAUGGUGACGAUCCACUGCAGACAGAGCUGAAGAGUGUGACGGCAGUACGAAAUCGAAAGAAGGAAAGUCUGAAGGCGAUUUUGGGAGACAUCGAUAUUCAAACAGCUUUGAUGCCGAUCAACCCAGAGAACGACGACAAGGCGUAG